AUGUCUGCUCUGACAGUGCUGGCAUCUUUCAUUCACAUUGGAGGCCAUUUCUUCAGAGGUAGCUCCCUGGCAGCUGGAGGCGGUAGAGUCAGUCAUGCUGGUGGUGGUGUGCAUAUUGAGCUGUGGUAUACACAGUUUCCCCAGCUGACCAGGUCCCAGGUGACCCUGGCUGAGUUCCUCACUGCAACCAUGUGGUUCUGGAUUCCCUGGUAUUUUUGGCAUGACUUAGAUGCUGCUCUGGGUCACCUUCCAUACCCAGAUCCUUUCCAGUGGACAGGUGAAGAACUAGAUAUCCUUUCUGAUGACUGA